AUGUCGAAAGCAUCCAGCAGGAUGUCUGCCGCUCAAGGCCAGCAUAGCGCCGUUGCAGAACUUCGCGAUGAGUUGGCUCGUCUCAGGAUACCUGCGGUCAAAGCAGAGAAUAUCUGGCAAUAUGACUUCUCUGAAGAUACACUGGAGCUAUGGUGGUGGGAUCAAAGAGGUUUCGGGCACAUGCACAACACUCUCGACAAGGUCCUUUGUCGGAAUAUGGAGCCUUACGACUUGGAAGACGAGCAGAUUCUCAGUAUACAACUCUUCUAUCUUCCGGAGCGUUUCGAGGAUUUACCGCCUGCGUGGAAGCCUUGGUGGCGCUUGGAUGCCUUAAAUCAUACUGCCCCUUCAGCAUCGUCAUCUUUGGGAUAUCUGCCUUAUGAACCUCACGUCCCGGCGCCGGCUGUCAGCACUUCAGCAUCCGCACCUCUCUCUGCUAACUUCCGGGCUCCGCCUGCCCCGUUCACACCGAUGCCUUCUGGCUCAACUUCAUCGCAUACCAUCUAUAUGGCCGUAGAGGAUCCGCCUCCACCUUCGACGCCGGACCCCGUACUGGGAAUCUCUAUAGUUGCACUACAGUACUGUUUCCGACUAUUGGAUGGAGCUCGGAUAUCGGACGCAAACUGGAGUAUUAAAAGCGAACGCCUCGAGAAACAACUGAGACCAUUUUUCGAGAAAGUUCAUCUAGUCUACUCAUUUUCAUCAGUCGAUCCCCCGUCAAGAAUUCGUGAUCUUGUCUUGGUCCUAUUCCAUGUAUAUGCUGAACGUUCGAUGCAACUCGGCGUUGAUAAGGAGAGCCUACAAGGUCGAGUCAACACGCUUGUACUACAGGCUGAGGAAAGCAGGAUCAAGCUUUCAGCAAGCGAAGAGGCGCGCGCGACAGCGCAGACGAAGGAAGGAGUUCUCGAGGCCAAACUAGCCGUCGCUCGCUCGAAACAGGAUGAAGCGGAGUCGAAACUCGCAGUGCUCCUGGACAAAUUUACGCAGCAAGAAUUAGCUCUUUCGACCGCUUCGAAGGACAAAGAACGAUUACAGCGUGACGUGGCUCGCGUAGAGGAAGAGCGUCGGAAGGAGCAGGAGCUUCACGCGAAGGAGAGAGAAGGCUGGCAGGUCGAGAUGGCCCGGAUGCGCGCUGAACUCGAGACGUCACGGGCGGAAAAUAUCAAACCUCUCAUUACACCCGCGUUGAUGGAUGCUUUCCUUGGAAUCAAAGACAUGGCGGGUCUCAUGGCUUCCUGA